AAAGUCCAAAUCCCCAGAACACUGCUCGACAUGGCUACCGGUGUGAUUGAAGGUGGGUUAAAUGUCACUCUCACCAUCCGGCUACUUAUGCAUGGAAAGGAAGUUGGAAGCAUUAUUGGAAAGAAAGGAGAAUCGGUCAAGAAGAUGCGUGGAGAGAGUGGUGCGCGUAUCAACAUCUCAGAAGGGAAUUGUCCUGAGAGAAUAAUUACUCUGGCUGGACCCACCAAUGCCAUCUUUAAAGCCUUUGCUAUGAUCAUUGACAAACUGGAAGAGGACAUCAGCAGAUCUAUGACCAAUAGUAGAGCUGCCAGAAGACCCCUAGUCACCCUGAGGCUUGUGGUCCCUGCUAGCCAGUGUGACUCUCUUAUUGGAAAAGGAGGAUGCAAGAUCAAGGAAAUAAGAGAGAGUACAGGGGCUCAGGUCCAGGUGGCAAGGGAUAUGCUACCAAACUCAACUGAGCGGGCCAUCACUAUUGCUGGCAUCCCGCAAUCUAUCAUUGAGUGUGUCAAACAGAUCUGCUGGGUCAUGCUGGAGUCUCCCCCGAAGGGCGUGACCAUCCCCUACCGGCCUGAGCAGUCCAGCUCUCCAGUCAUCUUAGCAGGUGGUCAGGCCUAUACCAUUCAAGAACAGUAUGCCAUUCCACAGCCAGAUUUGACAAAGCUGCACCAGUUGGCAAUGCAACAGUCUCACUUUCCCAUGACGCAUGGCAACACCGAAUUCAGUGGUUUGGAUGCAUCUGCUCAGACUACUUCUCAUGAAGUCACCAUUCCAAAUGACUUAAUUGACUGCAUAAUCGGGCAUCAAGGCGCCCAAAUCAAUGAGAUUCGUCAGAUGUCUGGGGCUCAGAUCAAAAUUGCCAAUCCAGUAGAAGGAUCUACUGAUAGGCAGGUUACCAUCACUGGAUCUGCUGCCAGCAUUAGCCUGGCCCAGUAUCUAAUCAAUGUCAGUUUAGAAAACGCUAAACCCUCCUCCCAGGCAGCCUCCAUCUCGAUCCCUCUCAAUCUCUCUCAACCCUCCACCCCUUCUUCUUCUUCCUCCACCACCACCACCACCACCGCCUCCUCGUCCGCCACAACGGGGACCUCCGACGAACCCUCCAGCCUCCCCAACCCUCUUCCGACCGCCCCUUGA